AUGUCCUCAUCAACCAGCACCGUGGCAAUGGAGGAGGAACAGCGGGUCACCGCAGCAGAGAAGAUUCGCCAUAUUCUGAAGGCGUAUGCCUCGGGACAGUCUCUCUUCCCUCGCCAUGUUCUUCAAGAUCUCAGUCGCCAGAUCGACCAGGGACUUGAUGAGGUGCACAUUGCAGAUCUGGAUGGCGCUCCCCAGAAACACAGCCUCAAGGUUCCGGCCUGGUGUGCAGAUUGGGCAAACUCAUACCGCAUCUCCUACUGUAGCAUCCAAGCCCUGACCACCGUCAACCCUUUAAUGCCGGAUGAAAUUCUUCGUGACCAACCUCCCGUGGCGAUCUGCUACACCAAAAGCGAUAAGAAACCCGAGAAUCCCCUGGAUGAAGUACGCAAGGCAUUCGACAAACAGCGCGAAGUGUGGCAGACUAGCGAGGCCUGCGUGGAUCUGCAGAAGCAACUGACCACUCUGAGUCUUUCUCGUCCGAUCAACAAGAUCGUCUGCUUUGGACUGGGCACCCUGGGCCGCUUGAACACCCGCAGCGCGGGACGCUCUCACACCCAGCAUGCUGCCGUUGGAACCAUGGUGCAAGCACUGAAGGCAAGACAAGUCAACAGCAACGAGGAGAUCAGAUGUUUUGCGCAGGAUCCUGCAUACGACGAGGUCGAUAUCGCGCUGCUUAAAAGCAUUGGCAUCACCCCGCUGGACGAUCCAAAGGGGUUUCUCGCAGUUGACGAAUCCACUCUUGUCUUUUGCGUCAGCCCCAACGUGCCCGUGAAGCAGAUCAUUGCCGAUGUUCAGUGGCCCGCUGCGAUGAUUUGGAACACCGUCAGACCUUUCGAACCGGACGUCCCAGUAUGGGAACAGCGUGUGAGGAAUGGUCAGAUAACCUGGGUUUGCCCCUACACCACCGAUCCGGAUUCCUCGCGCGUACGCAAGAUGGCCAUAUCUUAUUCUGCCAGCCGGAAGAACCCACGGUCUGCUCACAUUCAAUCGAUCUAUACUAGCACUUAUGGAAUCCUCUUUUUCGGAACCCCACACCAUGGAUCAAGCAAAGCUCGACUUCUUGGAAAUCUUCAGAGGAUUGCUCAGCUCGCAAUACCAAAGAGAGCCGCAAAUUUUGAGACUAGCCUUGUAAAUGCGCUCGAAGAGCAGUCCGAGAUUCUUCAGAAUAUUACCGACCAGUUUGCCCCUCUCAUGACGGAGUUUCGCAUCUACUUCUUCUGGGAAGAAGAAAAGACAGAUUUGAAGUAUACUAAGGAUCUGAUUGUGGAGGAAGCGAGCGCCGCGCCGAUCCUCGAUAAUACUGAAAGAGGCGGGAUUGCUGCAGAUCACAGGGGAAUGUGCAAGUUCAAUCAUCCCAGCCUACAAGGCUUCCGAACUGCAGUUUCCGCAAUCCGACGUUAUUCUCGGGAGGCACCCGAAGCCAUUCGCACCAGACACCAAAGAGUGUUGACUGCACUUCACCAAAGCCAAGUGUAUCAGGCCACAGAUCUUCUGAGGACCAUCCAGCCGGCAGAUACGCACUUCGAUUUCAGGAGAACCAUUGAUUUCCCUCCUUCACGAGCGGCACGCGAUGCUUUUGCUUUCCUCACGGAUAGCCAAUCAGCUACAACACCUUGUGACUGGCAUCAAUACGGCUGCGAGCUUCCUCCAGAGUUGACGAAGAAAUGGCCCCUGGGCCUCGAUCGGAUAAAGGAACUGUGGACAUCAAAUGCAGAGGGCCGUCUCCUCGCAUUCUUGUGCUCUAUGGCAGAGGAGUAUGAGCCUGGCAACAGCAUCACUCAAUACUUUUUGCUCGGCCCAAGAGCCUUUCAUAUAUUGCGGCCAGAGAAUGUGGAAGCGAUUCUUUCGACAAAUUUCAAAGACUAUGGCUUUGGUGCAAGACCAGCUAUAUUUGCUCCCCUUCUGGGCAAUGGCAUUUUCACUCAAGAAGGUCCUGCGUGGAGACAUUCUCGAGAUCUUUUACGCAAACAAUUUGCUCGAGUCCAGAGCCGCAAUCUCAAACAUUUCCAUGAGCAUGUUGACAACAUGAUAGCUCACCUGCCAUUGGAUGGAGUCGUCGAUCUUCAACCACUUUUUUUUCAGGUAACCCUCGACACGGCUACGGCGCUUUUAUUCGGAAGAUCAGUGUACAGCUUAAAGGCUGGCAUCGAUCAGGACGCUGACAACAGGCGCUUUGCUGAGAGCUUUAAUGUCGCCCAGGAAGGUCUAGCAAAGCGAUUUCGCAUCGCACCUUGGCACUUCCUCUACAACCCACCAAAAUUCCGAAAAGCUUGUGCCGACGUUCACCGAUUUGUUGAACAGUAUAUCGAUAAGCUGGACUUACAAACAAGUGAGGACCUGGAUGAUAAAGCAUAUGGCUUUAUCAAGCAGGUAGCACAGGAGUCCGCCAGCAAAGAGGAUCUUCGUGAUCAACUACUCAACGUGCUUUUAGCAGGGAGGGAUACCACAGCCUGUUGCCUUUCAUGGACCUUCCGGUUACUUGUUCGUCAUGAGCAAGUAAUGCUUCGCCUGCGAACGGAGAUAGCCUCAGUUAUGGGGGACUCUGUGCAUCCGACGAGGGAGGAAAUCAGAAAGAUGCCAUAUCUCUCCUGCGUCAUCAAGGAGAGUCUUCGUCUUUACCCUCCCGUUCCAUUGAAUAACCGUGAGGCAAUUCGGACCACUAUUCUGCCUACAGGGGGUGGCCCUGGUGCAGAUCGUCCCAUACUGGUCAGAAAAGGGGAGGUUGUUGUCUUUUCUCAAUAUGUGAAUUCACGUAAGAAGAAUAUCUAUGGUGCCGACGCGGACUGCUUCCGUCCGGAGAGAUGGGAAACUGGUGAGUUGGAUCAUAUUGGGUGGGCAUAUUUUCCCUUCAACGGGGGUCCGCGGCAGUGCCUCGGGGAGGAUUUCGCCCCGAUGGAAGUUUCAUACACGGUUGUGAGGCUAUUGCAGACCUUCGCAUCCAUAAUCCUACCAAAGGGGGAGCCAAUCGAGCCUGUUGGAAGCGAAAGACAGCGACUCACUCUUCCCACAAAAGCAACUCGGAAGCUGAAUGGAAGAAUGCGGUGGAGUAUGGGCUUCUCUGAAGAGGCGAUUCCAGCCCUUGGCCUGGCCAAAACAGCUAACAAUGGUGCUGUCAGUAUCGUCGCCGUCCACGGAUUGCAUGAAGACCCAAUAACCGCGUGGACUGCGCCUGAGACUGGGACGCUCUGGCUAAGAGACUUGAUCCCGAAGCACGUACCCCAAGCACGAGUUCUGUCCUUCGGAUACGAAUCCUCCCCCAGCCUUUUUGACGGGCACUGCUUUGUAGACAAAGUCCAAAGCCUUGCGACGACCUUAGUUGCGCAACUUGAAUCAGACAGGAGCUUGGAGAACUGUGGAAAACGGCCGAUAAUCUUCGUCUGCCAUGGACUAGGAGGUGUAAUUGUCAAGAAAGCGCUCGCUCACUCCGCCAGUUCAACGUCUCCCCUGGUCGUCCAUCUGAAUGACAUCUUUAUUUCGACGUUUGCAAUCUUGUUCUUUGGAACCCCGCAUAUUAAUAUUAACUUGGCCAACUGGCUUGUUCUAGAAUCCGUAGGGGUCGGAGAUGGACGCGCUCAACGAGCUGGGCGUUCACAAUCGUCACCCCCGAAGAAGCUCCAGAGCCUGGAAUCCAUUACUGAACAAUUUGCCCCUUUGAUCAAAAAGUUCUAUACUAGCUUUUUCUGGGAAGGUAUACCGACUGAUUUCGGAGGCUAUCGUGAUUUCCUCGUCGAACCGGCCUCCGCCGCUCCGGCUAUCUACGAGAGCCCAAAAUGUGCAAUUGUCGGUGCAACUCACUCGAGGAUGGUCAAGCUUUUAGAAUGGAGUCCAUCUUACUCUACAGUGCUUGCGACGCUGAAGAGGUACUGUCUGAAGGCACCCGGUGUGAUUCAUGAUCGCUGGAAAAAGGCCAGUGAUGCACUGGCUCGAGCUAGGCUUAAUGAAGCCCAUGAAACCGCUGGUUUUCACUUCAGCCUGCCCGACAAGCUCGCAGAUCAUUUUAUAAAGGAACUGUCCCAGGAAGACGCGCGAAAUCAGCAUCUUUACACGCCCUUGCUUCCUUCUAAAAACUACAUUGGCAGGAAAGAGAUCAGGGAACAGAUUCGACAGGCACUUCUUCUUCCAGAAACCGAUUUCAGUAGACAGGGCCAAAGGCGCUUUAUCGUACAGGGCAUAGCAGGCUCAGGGAAAAGCCAGUUGUGCACAAAUUUUGCAUCCGACAACCGUGAGAGUUACUGGGGCGUCUUUACAAUAGACGCGACAUCUGAAGCACUUGCAGCCAAAUCCUAUGCUGAAAUCGGCAAGAUAGGGGGUUUGGCAAGCACGGAAAGCGCUGGAAAAUAUUACCUCUCACGAGCACGCGAGCCAUGGUUGCUCAUCAUUGAUAACGCAGAUAGCCCCGACAUUCACCUUCCCAGCUUGUUGCCUCCCGGGGAUCGAGGGCACAUUCUCGUAACCACUAGGAACCGAGAGAUUCGGAAGUAUGGGAAUGUAGGGAGCAUAGAGCUUGGAGGGCUUGGAGAGAAAGAAGCACUCUAUCUACUUCUUAAUUCGGCAGAAAUCUCACCCCCAUGGGAUAUGUCUACAGAGACGACAGGCAAGGAAAUUACCAAGGUCUUGGGAUAUUUGGCACUCGCCAUAAAGCAGGCCGGGUCUGCAAUAUCCCGGAAGCUUUGCAACCUAGAAGACUAUCUCGAUUUCUAUCAGUACUACCGAAAGAAGCGCCGACAAAAAGCUUCUAUUGCCUCCAGCAGUGUCAGAGAAGAUACCAACACAAACUCUCGCAAAGAAGAUAUUUACUCCGCCUUCGACCUCUCCUUCGAAUAUCUCGACAAGAAGCAGACUCUCCCCAGUCAGGAUGCUAUUGAGAUCCUGAAUAUUGUCGGUUUUUUCCACUUCGACAACAUUCGUAUUGAGAUAUUUGAAAGUGCCAUGAGAAACCGGCGGGCAGCCCAAGCCCCAUCCUCAUUGAUCAGUCGUCUCCAAGCUCCUCGUCCAUUUCCACAUUUUCUCAAACGAGCUGGUGAGGAUACAGACCCCUGUUAUUUGAGAGUGGUUCUGUGUGAGCUAUACACCCUCUCCCUCAUCAGCUAUGACGAAGACCUCAAGAGCUUCCGGUUGCACCCCCUCGUACAUGCCUGGGCCAUGGAUCGCAUAGAUCCAAAGGAAAGAAAGAUCUGGGCCUUGAUCGCGCUAGAUACCCUGGUUGAGGCGAUCGUGCUUCCAUCGGACGACCAUAAAGGACUGGACACAGACCUCGGAAAAGAUAUUCUGCCUCACCUUGAUGAAUGUCUUGCCGCAUGUCCGGUGGAGAUUGAAAUAUCCAGGAUUCCGUUUGGACGUCUUGGAAUUCAGGUAGCGAAACUAAUCAUGGCGACACACUUGCUCAAUUUGAAGGACAAAGCAGAGACUGCUGCAAGAUGUGGCUAUGUAUACGCUUUGUGUGGUCGCUUCGCAGACGCUGCUCGCUACAUCACAAUGGUUAAGGAUCUGACGGUACAUACACUGGGAUACGACAACCCAAAAACACAGAUGGCGAUGAUGGGGUUAGCUGGAGUUCUGUGGGGUCUUGGAAAACUCGAACAGGCCAUCGCGUUACAGAAACGGGUCGUCGAAGUCCGACAAAAACGGCUCGGCACUUCUCACCGUGAUACCUUGAAAGCUAUGGCGACAUUGGGUCAAUCAUUCUGGCUGAAUGGCCAGUAUCUUGAGUCUUUACAGCUGCUGGAGGAAACUACCAAGAAGAUGAUUGACACGUUGGGCCCUGAAGACACAGAUACGUUGGUUGCAAUAGACAAUCUUGGGGUGACACUGGGAUCCUGGCAACGAUACGAAGAAAGUAGAGCCAUGCACGAACGGGUAUUGAGAAUCCGGCAAAGAGAUGCUGAAGAUGACAACACUGAGACCCUGACAACUAUGAGCAACUUGGCUAUGGCUUUAUUCGAUCUAGGGGAGCUCGAACAGGCAAAAGAAAUGAUGAGCCGAGUGUACGAAUUGCGUCAAAAGAAGCUCGGCAAAGAACAUCCAUACACCUUAUGGGCGCUUUGCUAUCUUUCAAAGAUAUACACAGAGCUAGGGCUACUCGACCAAGCAGAACGGAUGUUGGAGGAUGGAAUCGCGGCAGGCAAGCGCAGUCUCAGUGAAGAUCAUCUCGGAGUCCUCAUGGGAUGUGGAGAGCUCGCACGGGUGUACGCACGGCAAGGUCGCCUGGCGGAGGCCGAGACACUAUCUCUGAGCAUGCUUCAGAAAGUAAAAGUAACUCGCGGCUCGGAACACUUCGACUAUAUCUUCGGAAUGUGGAAACUUGGUCAACUAUACGAAAAGAAGAACCGAGGUCGGGAGGCCUUGGACGCCUAUCGGGUCGCCUUUGAGCACACCGAGACACGUCUGACCAGGGAGCAUCCCCUUGCAAAACAGAUUGAACUUCGUAUAAAUCAGCUGGAUGGCUCAAUACCCACGAAGCCCGAGACUACAAGUACCAAGGAAAAUCAGGCCGCUCCAGAAUUGCCCGUGAAAAGAGCUUUCAAGACUCUGCAGUCUACUCAAACUUGGGGUGUAACGAUGGUUUCGUCGUCGGAAAUUCCAACCCCAACGCUUCCGCGCCCACCGUUGAGGUCCAAAGCAUCCACUAACACUAUUGCUGACCCCUAUUCUGGUCGCUGCGAGAGGAACGUCAAUAGCAAUGCUUGGACUUCCACCUCGGUCCAGCGCGCUGCAACGGACAUAAUUCCUGCAUCGCAAUCUCAAACUGCUCAAUCGUCCGCUUCGGCAACAGUGCAAAAGGCCUUUGGUGAAGCCCGACAUUUUCUGGGUGGACUCAUCAGCCAUCCUGCAGAGUCCAACAAGCAUUUUACCAUAUUGCGCCAUUCACCCGGCGUGGUCUUCUAUCGGGGCAGUACUACGUCUGUCACGGUUUCUAUUUUCUCUGACGCCCCUCUACCACCCGACCGUUCCUUAUGGCUCCAGAACAAGGGCUGGACAGGAAAAACGGGGAUGCGCGCCAAGGCCCUAUUCCGACUGACGGACGACUGGCUGGACGUCACACCCACUCUGGCCUUGCGCUCUGACCAAGUCGAGCCAAAGGACGAGCGGGCAUGGCAGCGUGACAUUGCCAAGUUUCUGAAAAAGGCCCCGUCGCGUGUGCGCGACACUCAUCGCCUACGCGAGACGGCCGUCGCACGGAUCCCUGCUGAGGCCGGCGACGGGUACUUCCAGGUUGUAUUAUGCCAGGGGCCGAAAAAGAAGGUUCUCUGUACGAGUCCAGUAUUUCGCGUCCUUUCGACCUCGCUUGAUCCGAGCUCGAUCCGUGGCGCGAGCUUGUCUACCCUGCCAUUGGAGGUGGGCGCGAUGGUCAUGGGGCUAUAUGCGCAGACAGCGGCGCAGACCGUCAUCAACCCUGCUACAUCACUCGUACAAGCGACGAUUCAGCCGUAUAAGCCCUCAUGGGUGACACAGACUGCUGCUGAGACAGCAUACGGGAUUGGCAUGUCGAUGCGAUCAGGCGAUGACGACAGUAAUCAGGGUCCUGCGGCAGCAAUGGCCCACGGUCAACAGGAAUCGAUCUCUUUAGAGACAGGACCGAGUCCACCGUACCCCAUGAGGUUCAAGGCGCGAGCCUCAGCCAUGCAAGGAGAAGGGGCCUAUGAUAUGCAACGGAUGCGACUCAAUAAGGUCCCCGAUCUGAUUUUGGACCGAUUACAUGGUUUUUUCUUCGGAUGGGCACGAUUUUUAGCCACCAACGAGGAUGACGAAUCCUCGGGUUCUCAAUGGUACCAGGCCAUUCUUGCCAUCCGCAAUCUGGAUCCCUCUCAGCAGGCGCGGGUGAACAUGUCCCAGGUGAUGAAACGAGUCACCACCCUUCGCUUCCUCGAGGAGGUGCCAUUUCCAUCCCUGUCCCGCGUCGAGGUGCGUGUACUUGGAUUCCUUCGACCUGAUGUGCCAUCACCCCGGGGAACGAGUGAGGAGGAAUUACUGGCAGCCCGCAAUGCCGCUGCUGAAGCGGCCAUGUUGGCGGAUGCGUGUGACGCGGCAUACGUCCGGAAUGUGCUGGACUAUCCGGCUUGGGGACCGGACAGUCGAAGGGAAGCCGGACUUAUUGACCGUACCAAAGAGGGAGUUGAAAAUGUGCGAGCCCGUGGCCAGAAAAUGGUUGAACGAGUCCCACUGCAUUGGCUUGGAGUAAGGUCUCCUACAGCGGAGAUGCGAGACCGACAGAUUACCAUGAACGGGUUCUACGUUGUCCGCUGA